AUGUUACAGGAGGUAGAAUGGGGCAAGAUCAGCAUGGUCGCAGCUGAACGCCGGCUGCUGGCGAACGCGUUGCUAGAUGUGUCGAACCAACGUUUCGUCCUCCUCUCCGAGGCAUGCAUCCCUCUCUUCAACUUCCCAACGAUCUACAGCUACUUGAUGAAAUCCCGAACCUCAUUCGUAGAGUCAUACGACAAGGAGGGCCCCGUGGGGCGUGGGCGCUAUGACCGCCACAUGAUGCCCUUGGUGACCAUUGAAGAGUGGCGGAAGGGGGCCCAGUGGUUCGAGAUGGACCGGGAGCUGGCCCUCGAGGUCAUCUCGGACCACGUCUACUUCACCCUUUUCAAGAACUACUGCAAGCCCGCUUGCUACUCGGACGAGCACUACCUGCCCACUAUGAUCACCAAACACUUCCCUUUCAAGAACGCUAACCGGACUUUGACUUGGGUUGACUGGUCCCGGGGCGGGCCCCACCCGCUGAAAUUCAUCCGCCUCGACGUCACCCCGGACAUGCUGAACCGGAUGAGGGGCGGCACGGAGUGCAUCUACAAUGGGAGGCCCACCAAAGUUUGCUACUUGUUUGCUAGGAAGUUCACGGUCAACGCGUUAGACCGGUUGUUAAGGUUUGCACCAAAGUUGAUGAAAUUUUGA